ACGUCGGCAUGGAGGUAGUCGGUUAGCAGAGCUCAGGACAGGAAAACCUUUUCGUUUUCAUUGUUUAGCACUUUGGUUGUAAAUUGCCGACAAUGAGUGGAUUAAUUAACUUCAUACAGUGUUUAAAUUGGUACUUAUAAUUGAUAAUGAAGUGUAACGUAACUUAUCUCGCUAGACAUGUUACGUUACACUUGAAAAACGCCACGUAAGAAUCAAGAAUGGAUGAUACAGACAAAGCAAAGCUAGAGGAGAUGCUGAUGUGCCCAGUGUGCCGGGACAUCUUUAAGGAUCCCCGGCAGCUGCCCUGUGGACACAGCAUGUGUAUGGGCUGUCUUGAAAACAUGUUGGAUCACUCCUUAGACACUUCCUUCCGUUGUCCAGACUGUAGGGCAAAUUUUGGACCAAUCAUUGGGUUGCAGAGGAGCUACACACUUGCUAACAUCGUAGAGGACUUCAGGGUGAACAAGAGGAGAAAGGAGAAGCAGACAGAGAGUGUCUAUUGCGACUACUGCCUGGAGAAAAAAACUCUGGCCAUCAAAAUGUGUCUGAAGUGUGAGGUGUCCAUGUGCAAAGAGCAUGUCAAAGACCACCUGGAGCUGCCGGUGUUCUCGGGACACCCCUUGGUCAGACCUCUGGGCGACCUCCAGGAGAGGAAAUGCCCACAACACGAUGAUGAGGUGUUGAGAUACUACUGCAACACGUCCAGGCGCUACAUCUGCAACCUGUGCGCCCUGGAGAGCAAGCAGCACAACCUGGCUGCUGAGACCUCCACUGUGCUGCGGAGACAGCUGACAGAGUACAUGGAUCAACACUUUAACAUGCUCAAGGAGCAAAUAGGAAAAUCCAAUGAGUCAGUAAAAAAACUGCAAGAUGACAUCCAACAUGAAAAACAGAAAGUGAACCCUGCCGACUCAACCCUCAACAGUAUCACCGUGGUGCUGCUUUGUCUAUGGUUUAUCGUUCUAUAUUAUGCCUACAACUACUCUGUGGAAAACCAGAUGCUGACAGAGGCGCUGGACAAGCAGCAUAACCGUGUUCAUCACAUUUAUUCCACCAUUGCAGAAUUCUUGGUUGAUCAUCCAGUGAAAAACUACAUACCUGCAGAGACAGAAGAUCAAGGACCCCUCAUGUUGGAUUUGGACACAGUCAGUCCUUUCCUUGGAGUCUCCGCUGACCUCCAAACAGCAGAGAGAAUGAAAACCAAGCUGGCCUAUCCUAAGAGUAACAGCCGCUUCGAAGAAGCCCCGCAGGUUCUCUCUGCCUGGUGCUUCUCCUCUGGUACCCACGUCUGGGAGGUGGAGGCUGAGGGAUACUGGGACAUCGCUGUGUCCUAUAAGAGCAUCCAACGUAAGAGCACGGACAUCAGUGCCUUCGGAAACAACACAGAGUCCUGGAGCCUUACACACAAUGGAAAAGGUGAGCUGUUUGCCAACCAUAAUAGAACAAGAACUGUUCUCUCUGGACUCCUGCAGAGCAGCCGAAUAGCAGUGAUGGUUAAUUUUGAGGAGGGCAACAUCACAUUUAGCACUGUGGAGUUCACAGUCACACAGCUGCAUGAGUUUAAGGCUAAACUGACUCAGCCGGUGUGCCUGGGGUUGGGGCUUUACAGUGUGGAUCCACCCAGUAGAGCCUCCAUUGUCAACGCUUCAUGAAAAAACCUACAAACAAACACUGCCUUAAAUCCAGCUGUGAUGAAGGAGAGCUAAGAUUGACUUGCACUAAAAGUGAAGGGGUCUGAGAGUGAAGACCUACAUGAACGCCAAAUAAAAAGAACGUUUGCCUCAGAAA